UGGGCAACCUGGAGAGCGCCGAGGGGGGCCCGGGAGAGCCCCCCUCUGUCCCGUUGUUGCUGCCGCCCGGCAAGAUGCCGAUGCCUGAGCCCUGUGAGCUGGAGGAAAGGUUCGCCCUGGUGCUGGAACCUCUGAGCAGCCGCUGGCCGGCCCGGACAGCCCCGUCGGGGAUCUCGGGACCGACGCCUCCACCGCUGGACCCUUAGGAGAAGUCCCCAGCUCGGGACCGUCCUAGGAACCAGGCUUCUCCCUCCUUCCUCCCCCUUCUGCUGCCCUUUUCCCGUCUCCCCGCUUCUUCGCCAGGCUCCCCAUCCCUAGCAUUCUCAGCCCGGAGCCUCUCGCGGGUGGGGGGAAUUCAGAAGCGCGGCCGGCUCGCUCCUCAGCAGGCUUCCCUGAGUGGGGACACCGCCUCUCCUGCGAACAUGGAGGCUUUCCAGGGAGUGGGUCCCACUCCCAGCCCAGACCAGAUGUUUGGGGGGAGAGGGGGAUGGGGAGGGGGCUGGCAGCUCCUGAAGGGGGUGGAAUAAGGAGUGUGCCAUUCUGCUUAUUUUCAGAACGGCCUGCAGGCAUCCUGCUAAGUUAGAGUGGAUUUGCCUAAAAGGCUGAACAUGUGGAUAAACCAUUUCACUGGGGUAUUUCUCCAAGUGAAACAAUACACAAACCAUCCUCCCCCCCUUUUCAUGUUAAGCCAUAGUGACUGGUUUGUGUUGUUUAGCCUGUGCUUUUUAGUCUUUCUGUAGGUUUCAAACGGUCUGUAUAAAUGGGUUUGUAGAGCUGACUUUGGGAUUCUUCUUUGGUGUGGGAGUUGGACACUGAUGUCAGUGGCUCUAUGAAGCGAGAGGUUCUGAGCUGGUACCACCGGGAAGGAGCCAGAGAAUAUGUUGGCGCUGAAAAUGAAGUUUUGCAGAGCGAAAACAUCGAGCUCCAUGAACCUGCCUCCAGACAAGGCCCGGCUCCUGCGGCAGUAUGACAAUGAGAAGAAAUGGGAUCUGAUCUGUGACCAGGAGCGAUUCCAGGUGAAGAACCCUCCCCACACUUACAUUCAGAAACUCCAGAGCUUCUUGGACCCCAGUGUAACUCGGAAGAAGUUCAGGAGGAGGGUGCAGGAGUCAACCAAAGUACUAAGGGAGCUGGAGAUCUCUCUUCGCACCAACCACAUUGGGUGGGUGCGGGAAUUUCUGAAUGAUGAAAACAAAGGCCUGGAUGUGCUGGUGGAUUACCUGUCCUUUGCCCAGUGCUCUGUCAUGUUUGACUUUGAGGGUCUGGAGAGUGGUGACGAUGGUGCAUUUGACAAACUCCGGUCCUGGAGCAGGUCAAUCGAGGACCUGCAGCCACCCAGCGCCCUGUCGGCCCCCUUCACCAACAGCCUCGCUCGCUCUGCGCGCCAGUCUGUGCUCCGGUAUAGCACUCUCCCUGGGCGCAGGGCCCUGAAGAACUCCCGCCUAGUGAGCCAGAAGGAUGACGUCCACGUCUGUAUCCUUUGUCUCAGAGCCAUCAUGAACUAUCAGUAUGGAUUCAACCUGGUCAUGUCCCACCCCCAUGCUGUCAAUGAGAUUGCACUUAGCCUAAAUAACAAGAAUCCAAGGACCAAAGCCCUUGUCUUAGAGCUUCUGGCAGCUGUGUGUUUGGUGCGAGGAGGUCACGAAAUCAUCCUUGCUGCCUUUGACAAUUUCAAAGAGGUAUGCAAGGAGCUGCACCGCUUUGAGAAGCUGAUGGAAUAUUUCCGGAAUGAGGACAGCAACAUUGACUUCAUGGUGGCCUGCAUGCAGUUCAUCAACAUCGUGGUGCACUCGGUAGAGGACAUGAACUUCCGGGUCCACCUGCAGUAUGAGUUUACCAAGCUGGGGCUAGAGGAGUUCCUGCAGAAGUCAAGGCACACAGAGAGCGAGAAGCUGCAGGUGCAGAUUCAGGCAUAUCUGGACAACGUGUUUGAUGUCGGGGGUUUGUUGGAGGAUGCUGAGACCAAGAAUGUAGCCCUGGAGAAGGUGGAGGAGUUGGAGGAGCAUGUGUCCCAUCUCACAGAGAAGCUUCUGGACCUAGAGAAUGAAAACAUGAUGCGGGUGGCAGAGCUAGAGAAGCAGCUGCUGCAACGGGAGAAGGAACUAGAGAGCAUCAAGGAGACAUACGAGAACACAAGCCACCAGGUACACACUCUGCGGAGGCUCAUUAAAGAGAAGGAGGAGGCCUUCCAGCGUCGAUGCCAUUUGGAGCCAAGUGUCCGGGGCCUGGAGUCUGUGGACAGUGAGGCCCUGGCCAGAGUAGGCCCUGCAGAGCUGAGUGAGGGCAUGCCACCUUCCGACCUGGACCUUCUGGCUCCAGCCCCACCCCCUGAGGAGGUCCUGCCUCUUCCUCCACCACCAGCUCCGCCCUUGCCCCCUCCACCUCCCCCGUUACCAGACAAGUGUCCCCCAGCCCCACCUCUCCCUGGUGCUGCCCCCUCUGUGGUGUUGACAGUGGGUCUGUCAGCCAUUCGAAUUAAGAAACCUAUCAAGACCAAGUUCCGGCUGCCUGUCUUCAACUGGACAGCACUGAAACCCAACCAGAUCAGUGGCACUGUCUUCAGCGAACUUGAUGAUGAGAAGAUCUUGGAGGACCUGGAUCUUGAUAAGUUUGAAGAAUUAUUCAAGACAAAAGCGCAGGGCCCUGCCCUUGACCUCAUCUGCUCCAAAAACAAGACAGCACAAAAAGCUGCCAGCAAGGUGACUCUGUUGGAAGCCAAUCGUGCCAAGAACCUGGCCAUCACCCUACGCAAGGCUGGCCGCUCCGCUGAGGAGAUCUGCAGGGCCAUUCAUACGUUUGACUUGCAGACACUACCUGUGGACUUCGUGGAGUGCCUGAUGCGCUUCCUGCCCACAGAGGCUGAGGUAAAGCUGCUGCGGCAAUAUGAGCGUGAGCGGCAGCCCCUGGAGGAGUUGGCAGCCGAGGACCGCUUCAUGCUGCUCUUCAGCAAGGUGGAACGGCUGACCCAACGAAUGGCUGGCAUGGCCUUCCUGGGGAACUUCCAGGAUAACCUGCAGAUGCUCACACCGCAACUCAAUGCCAUCAUUGCGGCGUCCGCUUCCGUCAAGUCUUCACAGAAGCUGAAGCAGAUGUUGGAGAUCAUACUUGCACUGGGGAACUACAUGAAUAGCAGCAAGCGGGGAGCUGUGUAUGGCUUCAAGCUUCAGAGCCUGGAUCUGCUGUUGGAUACCAAGUCCACUGACCGGAAGAUGACACUGCUUCAUUUCAUCGCCUUGACGGUGAAGGAGAAAUACCCAGACCUGGCUAACUUCUGGCAUGAGCUGCACUUUGUUGAGAAGGCUGCAGCAGUGUCCCUGGAGAACGUGCUGCUGGACGUGAAGGAGCUGGGCCGGGGCAUGGAGCUGAUUCGGCGUGAGUGCAGCAUCCAUGACAACAGCGUCCUCCGGAACUUUCUCAGUACCAACGAAGGCAAACUAGACAAGCUCCAGCGGGAUGCCAAGACGGCUGAGGAGGCCUACAAUGCAGUUGUGCGCUACUUUGGCGAGAGUCCCAAGACUACACCUCCUUCUGUAUUCUUCCCAGUAUUUGUCCGAUUCAUUCGUUCUUACAAGGAAGCAGAACAAGAGAAUGAAGCCCGCAAGAAGCAGGAGGAGGUAAUGCGGGAGAAGCAGCUGGCUCAGGAAGCCAAGAAACUGGAUGCCAAGACCCCAUCCCAGCGGAACAAGUGGCAACAGCAGGAGUUAAUAGCAGAGUUGAGGCGGCGCCAGGCCAAGGAACACCGGCCUGUUUAUGAGGGGAAGGAUGGUACCAUCGAGGACAUCAUCACAGGCCUCCACUGCCAGCCUAUGGUUGUUCGCCACCAAGCCAGGAGUGCUGCACCGCCCAGUGGUCCCCCUCGGGCUCCAGGCCCCCACUGAGACCCUCUCGGAGGCAGAAGCACUUCAGCCCUCAGAGUCCCACAAGUCCAACCAAUGGACCUGGAAUUGGCCAAGGGCCCAGGAGAGGACUGUGUUGCUCUCUCAACCAUGUCCGCCCCAGCUCUUGAGGCUGGAUCUUUCUACUUGUGCCACUAUGGGCACUAGGUCUGUAGGUCCCUGGUGCUUCCAGUACUGCACUUUGCCCCCAAGGUCUUUGACUUCAUUUCCUGAAGGGUCACCAAGGGUCAGCUCAGGGCUAGGAAAAACCAUUUCCAGCCUUAGCCUAAACAGGGCACAUAGAUCUCUCUCCCACUAGAGCCCAGAGGGAUGAGAGGAGAGAGCAACUGUUGUUUCAUUUUUUUUCCCUUCCUUUUUGCAGGCCCAUGGUCAGCUCUGGUCUAGACGUAUCUAGGCUUAGGGAGCCCUGGGACCCUGUCAGUCUCAGUUCAUCUCUUACCAGGAGCAGGGCCCUCUGAAGCAUGGGCCGUGCCAGCUGUGCCCUAGUGAUAAGGGUAAGAGGAGAGAUGUCAGGCUCACUGCCCUUCUCUGCCCAUUUCAUUCUAGGCUCACACUGUUCUUGUCAAAGUGGGCAGAAGAGCAGAGGUUUUCUCUGCACCAACCACUCUGCAGAUGGCUGGAGAAAGGGUGUGCCAACUCUUCACCUUCUUUCCUCAGCUACGGGUUUUUUUUUUUUUUUUUUUUUUUUUUUGGCAGGGGACAAGGAGCAUGGUGGUCUUGGCUGACUAUGUGCUUACCUUCCUGCUUCUCCUCUGCCCCUGGAAGGGAAUGUGGGGACCCACUUUUUUGUACAUGUACCACCUCCCUUUCCUCUUGUACAUAAACCUCAGACUCUCCCCCUCUCAACAAAGGCUUGAUGCACCAGG